AUGAACCGUCUGUGCCUCGCCUCGCGCCCCGCUGCCUCCCUCCUCAUCGCCCGCCAGGGCUCGUCGGCUGCCAACAGGAUGGCCAUCAGGCGCUUCACCGAGGACAUCAACCCCUCGCGCCUUUUCAUCGGAGGUCUCUCGUGGGGCACCGAUGAGAACAAGCUCAAGGAGGCCUUCGAGGGUUUUGGUGAGGUCAGGCACGUGCGAGUUGUGGUCAACAGGGAGACCGGUCGCUCGCGCGGCUUCGGCUUUGUGACCUUCCAGUCCCCCGAGGACGCCGCGGCCGCCGCUGAGGCCAUGCACGACAAGGAGCUUGAUGGCCGCAGGCUCAGCGUCUCCUACGCCAGGAACACCCCGCGCGAGGGUGGCUUCAGGCAGCGCCCCGUCGAGGGCAAGGAGGAGGAGAGCAUGUAA